CCGCACGUGACGCGCCCAUAAGACAUGGCGACCGAGCAGUGAGAGAUCCCGAGCGGAGCGCGCAAAGUUCAGCAUCGCCCUCGCGUGGCCCAGUGUUGGCUCUCGGUGACAGCGAACGACACCUCACGGCACCGACGAAAUUUUCCCGCCGUCACUUCGAGCGUCAAUAGCAAGAAGCGGACGCGAUUUGUUGCUUCGCACAAGCAGCCAUCACCACCACCGCCGUCUCUGUUGGAGAAGCCUGAAAAUCAGAAUGUCUGCGAGUCCCGUGAGCGGCGAGGAGCCCAGCGAGUGCCCCCUGUGCAUGGAGCCGCUCGAAAUUGACGAUGUGCACUUCUUCCCCUGCACAUGCGGAUACCAGAUCUGCCGCUUCUGCUGGCACCGGAUCCGCACUGACGAGAACGGCCUGUGCCCAGCCUGUCGCAAGCCCUAUUCAGAGAAUCCGGCUGUGUACAAACCGCUGUCGACGGAGGAGCUGCAGAGAAUAAAGAGCGAGAAGAAGCAGAAGCAGAAUGAGCGCAAACACAAGCUGUCCGAGAACCGUAAACACCUGGGCAGCGUGCGUGUGGUGCAGAGGAACCUCGUCUUUGUUGUCGGACUGUCGCAGAGGCUGGCUGACCAUGAGGUGUUGAAGCGGCCCGAAUACUUUGGGAAGUUUGGAAAAAUCCACAAGGUGGUCGUCAACAACAGCACGUCCUACGCCGGCUCCCAGGGCCCGAGCGCGAGUGCGUACAUCACGUACGUGCGGUGGGAGGACGCCCUGCGUGCCAUCCAGGCCGUCAACAACGUGCAGGCCGAUGGGCGCACGCUCAAGGCAUCGCUGGGAACCACCAAGUACUGCAGCUACUUCCUGAAGAGCGCUCAGUGUCCCAAGCCGGACUGCAUGUACCUACACGAACUGGGCGACGAGGCUGCCAGCUUCACCAAGGAGGACAUGCAGGCUGGCAAACACCAGGACUAUGAACAGAAGCUCUUGUCAGACCUCGCAAAAUCCGGUCCAGCUGCACCCCCGGCCACCACCAACUCGAGCCUUCUGCCUCCCAACGCUGCCCCCCCUCCCAGUUGUGACAAGAAUGGGCGGGGCCGACAAACGGGCACCUUCAGGCCGGGCAGCAGCAAUAAGGAGAACUGGCCGUCGUUAGCAAACCCGGGAAGUUUGGCGUCGGAGAAUGGAAUAGGGGGUGAAGGCAGCCCGAGCUCAACACCCAGUCCAGACCUCAGCCCAGAGAUGCACACAACUACAGAACACAGACCUCCAGACAAUCGCACUACAGAUGCACAGAGUAAUCACCAGUCCAGUAGCAGCCCCACACAGAGCGGCAGUGGGAACAGUGCUGACCUGGACGGGGGAAUCAGCCUGACCCCAUCACCACCUCCCGGCCUCCCGAGCCCUCGGCCUGCAUUUGACCCCGUGCCGGGCGGGGUAAGCGCUGGCAUCGGCCUGGGGCUGGGUGGCCCCGAGAGCUCGCAGUCCCUCUUCUCGUCCAGCUCCAACCCAUUCCGGCACCGGCUCGUGGGCAUGGGGCUUCCCUUGCCAGACCUGGUGCCGCACACGCCAGACUGGCUCGGAGCGCCCAGCCUGUCCGAGCCAAUGCCGGAGGCGCCUUUCACAUCCGAAACCAUCCCUGUGUCCUCUGCGACGGACUGGCAAGCUGCUUUUGGGUUUGGCUCCUCGAAGACGCAGGACGACGAUCUGGGCUUCGACCCGUUUGACGUCACCAGCAAGGCGCUCGCCGACCUCAUGGAGAAGGAGCUCUCUUUGUCCUGCCCUCCGCUCACGGUGUCGAGUGUAACCGCGCACGGGCCCCCGGGGUUCCACAACCACCACCUCCACAACCGCCACGCCUACGCUCACGCCAACGGCCUGCUGGGCGGUCACGCCAACGGCCUCCUCCCGGCGGCUAACGGCGUGGCGUUCGUGCCGGCGCGGGGCUACGCGGCGCGGCCCAGCGCGGCGCUGCCCCUCGGCUUCCCGCUAUGGCACCCGGCGCGGUUAGCUCAUCACCCGCACGGCGCGCCCGGAAGGCAGCCACCGUCGCCAACCGCGUCGUCGCAACCGCCGACCUCGCCCGCAGCCUCUGCGCCCGCAUACGGCGUGGAACCCUCGCUCGCCGCACGGCACGGCCCUGGCACAGACACUGACGGCGCCUCGAGCGACUCUCACAAGGAGUGGCAGGACAGCCUCCGUGCACUGCUCCCCAACGUCAACAUCAGUUUUGGGGGGCUGCCCCCCGGUUUACCCCAUGGCUCCAACCUACCCCAGCCCCCCGGCCCCCACACUGCCGGCACAGCGAGCGGACCCGGUGCAGCCAAGGUGGAGCCCAUGUGGCCAGGGGACAACGGCUGGAUGGACCCUGCCAUCAUCACAGGCAUCCCUGCGUGCGGGGGGCUGGUGCCGGAGUGCCUGGACGAGAGCCCCCCACACUGGCUCAAGUCCCUGCAGGCGCUCACCGAGCAGGACUGCCCCCUGUCCCCACCGCCGGCUCCGCGCACCACCGGCGCCCCUCCGCCCCACUAUCUGACGCACACAAACCCCGCGGCGCACGCCGGAAUGCUGCGGCCCGGCUGGGGGGCCGUGCAUCCCCAUGCCAACAUGGCCCCCUUCGCAGGGCUGGGCCCUCUCAGCAGACGCACGCCACCGCCCGGCUUCCAGCCGGCACUCGGCCCCACAAACAAACCUCCUGCAGACUUCCUACAGAGCCUGGCAACCAACCAGCAUUAGCACCGCCCCUCUCCACCGCCCAUCCCGGUGUGCGUCUCUGGCCUCCCGUACCCUCCCCUAUUCUCGCCAACCUCUUCACUCGUUUUGUCACUCUCGAGCCCUUUGUCUCCAUCCUUGAAGUUGUUGGAUCGAUAUCUGUCUCUCAUUCACCCCCCGCCCCUCCCCUGUCUCUCGGAUCAUUGCAACAAGAUGUAUAAUGGGGGAGGGGAAAUGCAGCAGGAGAUGCUUAACAUGAAGAAUUUCCCAAAGGAAAAACCCCUAAGAUCAAAGUCCACAAGUGGGGGCGGUGGCGUCGCAUGCGACGAGGAGGCUUGCGCGGUGCCUGCAACCGGCACUGAAUGGGUGCGACAAACUCACCUGGUUUGUGGUUUCAGCACGGGGCCCACCUUCCCUCCCUCCCUCCCUCCUUUCCCCAGUCUCGCUCACCCCGCUUCUCGCCGUCCCGCUUGGCUCCGUUUUAAUGCAAUCCCAGGGAGUGCUCAAAGAACCUGGCCACGCACAAUCAUUGUUUGUAGUAGAUGUAUUGUAUGCCAACGUCAGAGCAAUGCCAGGGUGCAAAAGUCUAUGAUGAGCUUGGACAACUUUUGCUGGCAGCUGUCACAGGUGACACGUUUACGAUGAGCAACUGCAGUAAUUUCUGCUCUGGCCUGUGGACUACUUGUACCAAAAUGAAUUAGCAGAUGAUUCGCCUUCCCAAAGUGUUUUACACAUCCCAUCAGGCACACGGGUUCUAGGAGUGAUUUAUCAACAGCAUUUAAUACAUGCAGGUUCUGGACUGGUUUCAACAUUCACUGUCGCAUCGGCAGAGUAAGGCUUGCUUAACAAUGCUUGUGAACUGCCAGAUUACUUUAGUCAAGGGCUCUUAACUUGGUAUCUGACUCGAGGUGGCAGCGAUGAGAUGUCCAGAUUUUAUUUGUGCCACCUACAUUUUUGCAUUUGAAAAUUAUGACAACCAUUGGAUUAGUAUCUCGAGUAGGAGCGAGAGGGAGUAGCGUUGGGAAGCGGCAAGGGAAAGGGGCAGUCGUUGGCGAGGUGUGCACAUGAUUGUGCUUAAACAGCUGGUGCCUUUUAUGGAAAAAAGUGUUCUUGGGUAUGUCGAGGUGGUGUUUCUUAAGUGGAAGUUUAGUUAACGUAGGGUGGUUGUUUCUGUGAGGUGUGGAGGCUUGUGGCAAGAGGAGCAGUUGGAACCUGAGCUGAAUGCCAGAGUAGGAUUCCUUUUUAAAGUUGGAAUAAAUGAGUGACGCUGGGUAAGGGGGAACACGUGCAGGUUGGCAUCGUGCGCAGCCCAUUUUUGUGAUAUAAUUUUCGUGCAUAAUGAGUUUUUGGAAGACAGGUUUCCGAGGUGGCCUUUGGCAUUGCAUUAAGACACUUCCCUCCUCACCAUUCUGGCUCCCUUGUCCACGAGCUUCCCUUGCUGCCCGCCCCCUCCCUCCCGCUCCCUGGAGUCGCGUGCGAGCGGUCGGAGCUGCGUCGAAGGCGCCGAGGACGUCGGUGGGCUCUGGCUGCUGGAGUCGCCCUUUGCACGAUCAUGGAUGAGACUUCCCACCGCGUCCUCGUGUGGUCUCUUUGCUUCUGCUCCUAGAACCCCCUUGCUACGCCUCGCCUUCCUAGAGCCUCGCUUGUGCCCCCUACAGGGGGUGCCCCCGCAGCUGGCCGCUCGUGCCAAGCUCCACGCUGGCCUCGUUGCUACAAAAUCGUUAGAGCAGUAGCUGGGGGAGUGCUGUGUGACCAGGGACCCCCUCGGUCUGUUACCACGCGCUGCUCGGUACACUUGGUCUGCCUCCUCAACGCCAACUUGACGCCCCCCCCCCCUUACAUCUCAUUCUUAUAAUUUAUGUUCAUGCAAUAAAACACUGCAUUGACUUGA